UAGUAAACGGUUUGGAUUAAUCGUUUUUUGUUAAGAGAAUUGCGUUUUAAUUUCGCUGUAAAUGAAAUAGUUGUACCAGCGCGAGUUGUCUACGAUAUGUAUUUUGUAGUUUAUGCCCCGUAAAUAAAUAUACUUCCGCUUUCGUUGAUUGUUCCAAGUUGUAACGAUAAAGGUACAUCUGAAAUACUUUGUACUUGUCCUACUCAGGCAUACUCAGGUUCUCACCGUUACCAGCUUGUGAACACACAACAUUAUGUCAAUAGAGACAAUGUGUUUGAAGACGGAACCCGAAGAGGUGUGUGUGAAGAUGGAGCCUGGAGAGGUGUGUGUGAAAAUGGAGCCUGGAGAGGUGUGUGUGAAGGAGGAGCCUGGAGAGGUGUGUGUGAAGAUGGAGCCUGGAGAGGUGUGUGUGAAGGAGGAGCGGGGGCGCGGAGUGAGCGUGGCGGCCGCGCUGUACACCGACCAUGAGGUCAAGGACGAGCUCGUGCUGGGCCCUGAAGAGUGGUAUCGUCCUAAAGUGCUCCCAUUACAAGUGUGUUCGGACGGCAGCGCCGCCCGCGCCAGGGAACAGCUCGCGAUGGCUUGUUCUGUGGUGCUCGAGCGCCUCGCGACUGUUUACAGUGGCAGCAAACCAUAUGGCUGCGAACACUGUGGCAAGCAUUUCAUGAACAAGUCUAUUUUACGAAAACACAUUCAACACUCGCAUUCAUUGACCGGACAAAAAUCAUUUGCUUGUGAUUUUUGUAGUUCUACGUUUCAAACUACAUUGCAUGUGAUAGAACACGAGAAAAGCGAACAUGGUGUUUCAAAUUUCAUGUCCGCUGAAUGUGGGUAUGCAACGAGUUCCAAGAAAACUUUGGAGACUCAUUUAAAGAGUCACUCUUUGGAGAAUAAUUUCAAUUGUAGUCACUGUAGUUACACAAGUUCGUGUAAAAGUGAUUUACACAAACACCAAACAAUACACUUUGCUGGAAAGCCUUCUAAAUGUAGCGACUGUGAUUACAAAUGCAGUCUGAAGUCAAACUUACAACUACACCUGACAAUGCAUACUGAGGCGAAGACAUUUAAAUGUAGCAAAUGCGACUACAAGAGCAAUCGGAAAGGAAAUUUACGAGUUCACCAAAGAAUACACACCAGAGAGAAGCCGUACACGUGUAGUCAUUGCGACUACAAGUGCAGUCAAAGUUCAGCCUUACGACGUCAUGAAAGGACACAUACUGGCGAGAAGCCUUUUCAGUGUAGCCACUGUGAUCACAAAUGCAGUCGGAAGUCAAACUUACAAUUACACCUUAGAAUACAUACUGGGGCGAAGCCAAUUAAAUGUAGCAAAUACGACUACAAGAGCAAUCGGAAAGGAAAUUUACGAGUUCACCAAAGAAUACACACCAGAGAGAAGCCGUACACGUGUAGUCAUUGCGACUACAAGUGCAGUCAAAGUUCAGCCUUACGAAGUCAUGAAAGGGCACAUACUGGCGGGACGCCUUUUACGUGCAGCUACUGUGAUUACAAAUGCAGUCUGAAGUCAAACUUACAAUUACACCUGCGAAAACAUACUGGAGCGAAGCCAUUUAAAUGUAGCAAAUGCGACUACAAGACCAAUCGGAAAGUAAAUUUACGAGUUCACCAAAGAAUACACACCGGAGAGAAGCCGUACACCUGUAGUCAUUGCGACUACAAGUGCAGUCAAAGUUCAGCCUUACGAAGUCAUGAAAGGACACAUACUGGCGAGAAGCCUUUUCAGUGUAGCCACUGUGAUCACAAAUGCAGUCGGAAGUCAGACUUACAACGACACCUGAUGAUACAUACUGGGGCGAAGCCAUUUCAGUGUAGCCACUGUGAUUACAAAUGCAGUCUGAAGUUACUUUUACAACGACACCUGAUGAUACAUACUGGGGCGAAGCCAUUUCACUGCAGCCACUGUGAUUACCAAUGCAGUGGGAAGUCAGACUUACAACGACAUCUGAUGAUACAUACUAGGGCGAAGCCAUUUCAGUGUAGCCACUGUGAUUACAAAUGCAGUCGGAAGUCACACUUAAAACAACACCUGAUGAUACAUACCGGGUCAAAGCCAUUUCAGUGUAGCCACUGUGAUUACCAAUGCAGUCGGAAGUCACACUUACAACGACAUCUGAAGAUACAUACUGGGGCGAAGCCAUUUCAGUGUAGCCACUGUGAUUACAAAUGCAUCCGGAAGUCAGACUUACAACAACACCUGAUGAUACAUACUGGGGCGAAGCCAUUUCAGUGUAGCCACUGUGAUUACAAAUGCCAUCGGAAGUCACACUUACAACAACACCUGAUGAUACAUACUGGGGCGAAGCCAUUUCAGUGUAGCCACUGUGAUUACAAAUGCCAUCGGAAGUCACACUUACAACAACACCUGAUGAUACAUACUGGGGCAAAGCCAUUUCAGUGUAGCCACUGUGAUUACAAAUGCAGUCGGACGUCAAACUUACAACGACACCUGAUGAUACAUAGUGCAUACUGA